UAAAUGCGUCUAGCUACAAUUAUUGUAUGAUCAUAAUAGCUAGAAUAAAUUUGAAAAAAAGAUUUGAAUAGCCGAAAGACUUUCCGAUCUCAGGUGGUGUAUACAAACGAGAUCGGAAAGUCUUUCGGCUAUUCAAAUCUUUUUUCAAAUUUAUUCUAGCUAUUAUGAUCAUACAAUAAUUGUAGCUAGACGCAUUUAUGUGUCGCUGGGAGCCAAAGGGUUAAUUUAUUUUACAAUGUAAUUAUUCAAAAUUCAAAGAUCAUCAGUAUUUCAAGUAUUGUACGAAUUAUAGCUUUGGCUUUGAUUAGAAAUAGCCGCGAAGAAAUACCUGAUACAAUAAUAGAAAAUUUAUGGAAAGAAUUUGAAAGAGAAAAUUUUAAACAAUGAUGAUCAACAAAUAAUGAAAGAGAAUUUAAUUUGUAUUACAACACCAUUAGUUAAUCAAGAAAAAACAAUGAAAAUAAUAUCAAAAAUUAUUUUAGAAAAAUCGGAAAAUUUUUAGUAAAUAAAGAAGAUAAUAUAGAAUUAAGAAUUGCAUGUAUACAAAUUUUAUUAGAACAAAAAUGAAAUUGAAAUAUUAUCACGAUUAAUUAUUAAAUUAUUACAAAACGUUGUAUUAGAAUCAAAAAAUAAUAAAAAUGAAGAUUUAUUAAAUAAAUUUAUUUUUCAAAUAUUAGAAAAAUAUUUUUAUUUUAAUAAAAAACAAAAAUGAUUUAUCACGACAACAACAGUUUUUAAUUGAUUAUUAUAUGAAAUUUAAAAAAAGAAUAAUUAAUUUAGAAGAACAAAAUGAAUCAUUUGAAGAACAAUUAAAAUUAUUAGGUAAAUUUAUUUUUUCGACAUCACAAUGGAAUAAUAAUUUGGAAAAAUUUCAUUUAUUACCUGUACUUAAUAAUAUAUUUUUCAAUCGUCAAAAAAUUGAUGUUACAAUUUUUAAUAAAUUUGAUCAAUAUGAAUGGUGUAAAGAAAUUUUAUGUGGUGAAUUAUUAGCUGGAAUAUUUAAAUCAAUUUAUUAUAAACAACAACAAAAAGAAGAAUAUGAAAUAAAUGAAUUUGAAUUAGAAAUAUUUCGUAAAAAUAUAAAUAAAUUAGGAAAAAAUUAUACAAUAGAAAAUUUGAACGUGGAAUUCAUAAAUUAA